UCGAAUCUCUAUAUCUUCGAUAAAAAAAAAGAUCUCAAGCAUGAAGAACAGCAACGACGACGACAAUAAGCAGCAAAACGAAGACUCUGCUGCCUCCGUAGAUUCCCGAUUCAACCAGACUCUCAGAAAUGUUCAAGGGUUACUCAAGGGUCGUAGCAUUCCUGGUAAGAUAUUACUAAGCCAGAGGGUAGACCUGCCAGAUACCCCAAAUUCAUAUUCGCCGCCUUCUUAUGAAAGGAGCUCACCAUUAAGUGAUACCGGCACAAGUGAUCACACACCUGAGACACUAGAGGAGGAAGUUCGUAGUACAAGUAAACCAAUUGCUUCUCCUAAUGAGAAUGUGUUAAAAUUAUCAACUUUACGCAUAGAGAACCCGUCUGAAGAAGUGCGGAAAUCUUCCGUGAGUGCUAGAGCUACGGAUUCUGCAAGAGUGAUGAAAUUCAAUAAGGUGCUCUCCGAGACAAUGGUUAUAUUAGAUAAGUUGCGUGAGUUAGCUUGGAGUGGUGUUCCAGAUUACAUGCGUCCUACAGUAUGGAGACUUCUCUUGGGAUAUGCACCACCUAAUUCAGAUAGAAGGGAUGGGGUUUUGAGGAGGAAGCGCCUAGAGUAUCUUGAUUGUGUUUCGCAGUAUUAUGAUAUUCCUGAGACAGUUCGCUCAGAUGAUGAGAUCAACAUGCUCCGCCAGAUUGCGGUAGAUUGUCCUAGAACCGUACCUGAUGUUCCAUUCUUCCAGCAACAGCAAGUCCAGAAGUCACUCGAGCGUAUUCUUUACACAUGGGCUAUUCGGCAUCCUGCCAGUGGAUAUGUACAGGGGAUAAAUGAUCUUGUUACACCAUUUCUAGUCGUUUUCCUAUCAGAACACUUGCAAGGGGGUAUCGAUAAUUGGUCAAUGUCUGAUCUAUCUGCAGAGAAAAUUUCUAAUAUAGAGGCUGAUUGCUAUUGGUGCUUGUCAAAAUUACUGGAUGGUAUGCAAGACCAUUACACAUUUGCUCAACCAGGAAUUCAGAGGCUUGUUUUUAAGUUGAAGGAAUUGGUCAGGAGGAUUGAUGAGCCUGUUUCAAACCACAUGGAGCUUCAGGGACUAGAAUUUCUUCAGUUUGCUUUCCGCUGGUUCAACUGCCUGCUAAUCCGCGAGAUACCCUUCCAUCUUGUCACACGCCUCUGGGACACGUAUCUAGCUGAAGGAGAUGCCUUACCAGAUUUCCUUGUGUAUAUAUUUGCCAGUUUUCUUCUAACGUGGUCAGACAAGCUGAAAAAGCUUGAUUUCCAGGAGUUGGUAAUGUUCCUUCAACACCUUCCAACUCACAGCUGGUCUCACCAGGAGCUCGAGAUGGUGCUUUCCCGUGCAUUUAUGUGGCACAGCAUGUUCAACAACUCUCCGAGCCAUUUAGCCACUUGAUCAAGCAAUUGUGAUUUUUCUGUAUCUAGUUUUUUCUCCAAGAGUCCUUUUGUCCUUUUUUUGUGUGGUUUGAUCUUAUUGAUGAACUAUGUUUAUAACCAAUUUUUACCUGUAUCUUGUAAAGGAGAGAAAAAAUAAAUAGGAGGCAGAGAGAGACUAUUUGUUGUACUAAUUUUUUUACAUACAUACAUUCUACUACUAAUAUUCGGCAACUAA